CUUUUUGUAUGUGCUUGAACAAUUAGGAUUGAUAGAUAUGAAAUAUUUUCAGCAUCGCUCAGCUGGAUCAUUCAGAGAAAUAUUCUUAGCGCUGGGGUAUCAAAUUAAAUCACAAGUGGCAGAGAAGUGCAGAAAAGCAAAUUGGUUUGGAUUACUGUGUGAUGAAGUUUGCGACAUUUCUAAUCAAGAACAGUUGCUAACUUUCAUUAAGUAUGUUGACCCACAAACCAAUAAAGCUACAACAGAUUUUCUGUCUGCAAAUGACCUGUUUCAGAAUUCACAGUCAGCAGAUGCCAAUACCAUUUGGACUGUUCUCAAUAAACAACUUGAAGAUAGCAAAUUGGAAAAAUCUAAGCUUGCAAGCUUCGCAAGUGAUGGAGCAUCUGUGAUGACAGGAAAGAAGAAUGGCGUGGCAGCUAAACUUCGCUCAGAUAACAAGCCUCUUAUAAAUGUUCACUGCAUUGCCCAUCGAUUAGCUUUGGCUUGUGGCGAUGCAAGCAAUUCUGUUUCAUACAUACUAACAAUGGAGAAAAUUCUCAUACAACUUUGGUCCCUUUUCAAAAACUCGCCGAAAAAAGCUGCAAAAUAUGCAAAGGCUGUAAUGCAUGCAAGUGAACUUGGAGUCACUAAUGCUAUGACCAGACGUGGAAAGAAGAAACUAAGUAAGCGUUUUCACAAAGCCUGCAGGACCCGUUGGAAUCGCUACUCCAUAUUUCCAUCAACGGUCCAGAAGUAAAAGAUUCAACAGCAUUAAUCGAUUCUACUCUGAAGCAGUGGCUCGCAAAACCAAGGCGAAAGAUGUCCAUUGCAAAUAAACGACCAUCUAACGCAGAAGGGAGGGCACAUUGUGUAGAUGUGUCCAUACAGGAUGGUUCUUCUGACACUGUCAAUGUUCAUGAUCAGGAAAUGGAAGAUGAAUCGUUAUGUGAACAAGAAGAGUUUGAAGACAACGCUGGAAUGAUGGGGACUGAGGAAGAGGUGGAUGCUGCUGCCAACUUAUUUAAAUUACCAGCAGUAGAUCUGGAAGAAUACGACACCGACAGUGACGUCGAGGACAGUACUGAUAAUGAUUACGAUAGUUCAGAUUAACUUGUUAUUCAGAUUAAUUCAAAUUUUAGUUCAGAAAAGAAUUAUAAACAUUGUCAAAAGUUAAAUUUACAUUAAACACUUUUCAUCAAAUUGUUUUUUUUCUAUCAUAAGAUGAAAUCUACAAUGUUGCAUCUUUAUCCAUUGUAUUUGCAAGCAGCGUUUCUACCGAAAAUAGCCUUUCGCACACCCUCAGAAAAUCUCUACUUUUGUUCUUCAUGUAGAAACCUGCUAAUUUCUAAACAAGAAACUGUAACUUUUUAGACAAAAAAGUUUGUUUUCUGACCAUUGCAAUUCUACGAGAAUUUUCGCCAGAACGCAGGAAAUGGCAUUUCAGAGACUUUAGAUUUCAAAAUUUUCCUAUCAUUUACAAUUAGGCGGUUGUACAGAAAAUUCAUGAAAACCCUGCAGAUGGCAGGUAUUCCUCUGUAGUUUCCACCUAUAUAAAACAACAAAUUGAAAAUAAUCAGAGAAACUGCAUAUACCAUACUGAUGCUUAGUUCAAUCAAUUGAAAUAUGCAUAUGUACCUUCCCAUACAGUUUGUCGAACUGUUUGUAUUUCUCUCCUGCUGGCAUACGAUCUGGCAGAUGGUGGACAUCUUUGAGAAGAUUUCCUCUGGCAGACGAGGAGCUUUACAUACAUUACAUGUAGACUUGCCGCACUUCAGAAUACUGAACAUGUACUGUUGAACUUUGCAAUGGCUUUCCAAGAACAAUUUCAGCUCUUCCUUUGUCUUGAUAUCCUUUUUGGUGCGUGUUUCCUUCGUCAAGGAGUUGUCUAUCUGUAGAGAAAAAUAAUUUUGCUGAACGAUGUUUUUAUACCAUCAAAGUUAAUGAUUUUGUUAUAUUAUUUAGAACACUCACCUUCAAUACAUUUUCCCAUAAGGAAUCAAUUUCUGCCUCUGAAGCAGGAUCAUGGGUCUCGAAGUGAUUAUCCUUCAACUUUAGCCUCUGUAUCAUGGAAGACAUUAGACCCUUUGUAGAAUUUAUAGAACCAAUAACCUCUUCUUGGAUCUCUGGAAUUUUGGACGCAAGGGCACGGAUAGACUUCAAGUUGUUGCAACAUUUGAGCUCAUCCUCGUGUGCAACAACUUCACGCAUGAUGCCAACUCCCUGCAAAGCGAGGUUAAUAAUGCUCAUGAUCCUCUCGACCGGAUUUUUCCAACUAUGUUGCGGUGGUGUUCGCACAGCACAGAUGAAAUCUAAAUCCAAGUCCAAGAAUAUUGCCAUGAGAGAUAGCUGAACUGAAAGGUAUGUAAGGCGGUGAUCAGGACCACCAUCUGUGUAGAUGACAAGAAUAGGCGUAACUGGACCCAGACGUUUCAAGGUUUGCUGGAGUUCAGUCAUAUGGUGAAUAGGAGAAGAUGGCUGAAACACAUUUUCUUUCAGUAUCACAAAUACUCUUCCCCAAUAGAAACUCUCUUCGAUGGUUUCUGGUACAUCAAUCGCCAAAGAUACGCAAGGUGUAAGGCUCAGAUGUGUAAAAUUGUGAUCAGCCACAGCAAAUUUCUUUGACAUGGAAACAAUGACGCUCUUUCCUCUCUCUACUGAAGCAACAGGGGUACCCAGGCUCUCCAACCUUCACUGUAUGCUUGUCGUCCAGACUCAUAAAUGACACAUGGUCACGGAAUUUCAGCGCAAAUUCCCUUUCAUAACGGAAUAAAGCGGAGGCAUAAUGGGCAUCUGCAUGGUGUGCGCGGACCUGGCGUGCUUGUACCAUAAACUUUACUUUCAGUUUACCAGUGUAUCUGCUAGUAGUUUUUGCACAAGGCCGCCUUGGCCAGAAUUGUAUUCUCAACCACUGGAUGCUUGGGAUUGGUGUACCUUCACGACACUUUUUCACCACUUCUUCGUGCAAGUCUCGCACACUAUGGGCAGCGAGUUAUAACAUCUCCUUCUGCAACAGUAUCGUGAUGCUUUUCAUCAACAGCUGUUUCAUGGGUAGAGGAAAUGUAUGACUGGCAUUGCUCUAGAAAAACUGAAUAGUGUUCAUGCCGACCAUCAUUUUGACUGCGUAAAUCCCACAUCAGGUCUGUGUCUUCUUCAUCUAGGAUUCUGUUGAUUCUUUCAUUAACCUCGGCUUGUUUUCUUGUCUCAGGUGCAGAGGCAUCACCGGUUAGCCUAGGUAGGCCUCACAAGAAACGCAGCUUUACAGUUGGUAGCUCUACCAAAGCAAUCGGUGAACUCUUUUCGAAGUGCCCUGCUAUGGUACUUGGGAAGAUCUUUGAAAAUGGUUUUAGAAAUUGUGUGCACCUCAUUUAACAGUUUCCCCUGUUCGAUAAACUCAGACACUCGCCACAAGAAAUGAAGGUUUGCUGGACCACUAUCCGAGUGAGUGUAUAGAAUAGCCUUGCAUGGAACCUUCAUUUUAUGAACAAACUCAUAACGACGGCAACGAUCAGCUGCAGCAAAGUCAUUCACACAAAUUGGUUCAUCGUCCUUGCACUUUAAUAGAGCAUCAUACAUAGGCUGAUAAAUGGCGGUAAGAUUGGGUUCAAUUGGAUUGGUUUUGUAUAGCACUUUGAAAUGUUCUUUCUCAGUUGGACUAAAAUUCAGUCUGGCAUGACCCUCUUUCACCUUGAAAAGUUAAAAGGUUUUCUAAUAGAUCAUAUUACUGUUGUUUUGCAUUAAAUAAAUGCAUAAAUUUUGCUUCAUGCAACUUGCAUGAGCAGUAAUUGUGACAGUUGUGCUAUUUUAAAUUCCCAGGCGCCUAAAAUCUUUUGUCUUUAAAACAAUGUCGAUUUCUCGGGAAAUUCCAAGGUUGCAUUUUUUUUUUAUACACCCUAUAUAUGCAUGAACACCAGCAUUCUCCAAAAAUAAUUAUCAAGGCCAUUUGUUUAUUAAUGUACAAGCAUACAUUAAAUUAAUUAGUCAAUAAAAUUAAACACCCAAGUAGUGUCCAAGGACAAAGUGUGGAAUGCUUCAAGAAUAGAAUUGCAAGAAAAUAAAACAUUUUUCAUAUCCAUUCUUUCUCUUGCCAAGAGUUUCUCAAAUGAGAGUUUCUUUAACAACACCGAGAAUUCCUUUGACAACACCGAGCCAGCUAGUUUGUCCCUGUUAAUAACUGGGUCAACAUGCCUCAAGUAACUAGCCUCUUUGAAAGAAGGAAAAUUGGCUCAGGGACCGUGGAAGUGGGGGUUGGGGGGCUAAAGCCCCCCCCCCCCUCCCAAUAAUUUUUGUGACCAUAUUGUAUGUUUAUGAACAUGCCUUUUUGUGAUUUGAUUCUGAACUUGGCACUGUAGCCCCAAUCUAAAAAUUGUUCUGUUGUCCCUGAUUUGUGAACAAAGUGUUAUUUAUUAAUACAUAUUGAUUUUUAUUGUCUUUUAAAAUUCAUAUUAAAUGAUUAAAUGGAUUUGAAAUGAAAAUUUACCCUUUUUGCCUGACUGGUCAAAUAGGCACUAUAUUUUUGAGACUCUCAGCCAGACCUACAACUGCAGCAACGACAGCCUUCCAACGAUCUUUCUUCAGGUAGGAUGCCAUGGCCAAAUUGAAAAGUGCUGAACUGUGGGCUUUGAUGUCACCAUUUUUAAGAAAGGACUCGUCAAUCUUUCGCUUUUUCUGCUUCUCAGGAAAUCGAUAGUUGCAGAACUGCUGGAGAACAACAGGUAUAGAACAGCCUCUUGUGCUCAUGGUGUCCUGGAUUCUAUCUAUGUACCACAGUGCAUCAGUAAGUGUAUUAACAAAUGGUAAACCAAGUGACUUCACACAAUCGUCUGACCAGCCCAACGACAUCCCUUUCAACAACUUCAGAAUAUCAUUCUUGAGCUUGUUUUUGCCCUGGUGAUGGGUUUCGUCAGGUAGAAAAGAUGACAUUGUUGUGCUACGCAUACGAGCAGCAGUCAUCAGAAAAUGGUUUACACUCACAGUUGCACUUUCAUCAUUUAAUAUCAUGUCAUUCUGCUGUUCUUGAGCCAAAACAAAUUUGAUAAAUGGUCCCAAGUGUUGAACCACAUCGCUUAUUUUCGAGGUUGGCGAAACUUUUGUCAAAUUCAGUUUAGAAUUACCUGCCAACACUUUGACGAAUACAAGCGUCAUCAAACACUGGCUCAUUGUCGAACGUUCCUUUCGAAAAUGCGUCGUAAAAGUCUGCUAAACACAUCAUUCUCCACUGAGCAGCCAUACCACUCUUUCACCGACGUGCUACAACCCUCUUGAAUUAUUGUGGCAACCACAAAUGGCAUUUCAUAAAUUUUAUUUGCAUAUAUUUAUUAAUACAACUUGAAGAAAAUCAACAUAUUUGAAUAUUCACAACAUGGCGUGUGAGCCGAUGUAUAUAGCGCAUGCGCUAAGGCGAAACAUUGCCUCUGGGUACCAGCCUUCUAGCAGAUUAACGAAUCGUGAGGGACGAAAAUCGCGAAAGUUCAACGUUUUCUGACUGUUUUUAUGGUCGAUAAAGGUGUUUUUUUUUUUAAAUAAAAAAUUUUAAAAAAUUCUGAGCAGGUCCUUUUUG